AUGUCAGGUCCAGAAACUGAUGCCCAAUUACAUUUCACUGCUAUCAAAAAAUAUUUCGGGCUUCACACUUUAACAGGGAGAAUGAAUUGUGUACUGGCCACAUACGGAGGUAUUGCUUUGAUAGUCUUAUAUUUCAAGUUAAGGUCUAAAAAAACUCCAGCUGUGAAAGCAACAUAAACGGA